UUAUAGACUCAAAAACAUGAUGCAGAUAAAGCUUAAAUAAUCUUGUUGCCUUUCAAUAUGUGGACAAUAAAUGUCCCAUUUAGUUGGGCCUCUGUGCCCUACAUUCUUCUUCUUUCAUUUUUCUCUAUUUUUUACUUUUAUUUUAAAUCCAAAAAUUCAAAAACGAACAAGUUUCCGCCUGGUCCAACACCACUUCCACUGAUAGGUAACCUUCACUUACUGAAUAUGAAGAGACCAGACUUCUCUUUAAUGAGGCUGUCAGAUAAAUAUGGUACAGUAUAUACAUUUCACAUGGGUAUGCAAAAAGUUGUUGUGCUGACUGGUUAUGAUACAGUGAAGGAUGCUCUUAUAAACCAUGCAGAAGAGUUUGGAAACCGAGGACAUUUACCAAUUUUUGAAAAUGCAAACAACGACCAUGGAAUCAUUUUUGCCAAUGGAGAAUCAUGGAAACAGAUGAGAAGAUUUGCAAUCUCCACACUUAAAGAGCUUGGAAUGGGCAAAAAGUCUAUUGAACACCGAAUUCUGGAAGAAAGUAUAGCUCUGAUAAAAGUAUUUGAAUCUUUUAAAGGACAGCCAUUUGAAAGCACUUUGAUUAUGAACUCUUCUUUAGCCAAUGUAAUCUGUUCCAUUGUCUUUGGACACAGGUUUGAAUAUGAUGAUACAAAGUUCAUUCAGUUUUUAAACAUUAUUAACGACAGUGUUAAACUAAGUGGAUCUUUAAUUGUAAAGCUUUGUAAUGCCUUUCCUUGCUUGGGAUUUCUUCCUGGUGCUCUCAGGCAAAUGUCUAAAAACAGAGAAGAUUUUUGCAGAGAGGUGAAAACAAUUCUUGCAGAAUGUAAAUCAACUCUUAACCCCAGUGAUAUAAGAAGUUUCACAGAUGCAUUCCUUGUCAAGCAAAAAAAUGAGAGGGCUAAAAAUGAAUUCACGUAUUUCCAUGAUGAAAACCUUGUUUACUCAACAUCAAAUUUGUUUGGAGCUGGGACAGAAACAACCUCUACAACACUACGCUGGGGUUUUCUUCUGAUGGCAAGAUAUCCUGAGAUACAAUCCAAAGUACAGAAUGAGAUUGAUAGUGUCAUUGGACCUGUAAGGCCUCCAACUGUUGAAGAUCGUAAAAAAAUGCCAUACUGCAAUGCAGUUAUCCAUGAAAUACAAAGAUAUGGCAAUAUUGUUCCCUUAAAUAUUCUACACGAAACAUCCAAGGAUACUCAUUUUAAAGGUUAUUUCAUUCCAAAGGGCACACAAAUUAUUCCUUUGUUAACAUCUGUACUUUGGGAGAGAGCUCAGUGGACAACACCGGACUUGUUCAACCCAUCCCAUUUUCUCAGCGAUGAAGGACAGUUUGUCAAGCAGGAAGCAUUUAUGCCUUUUUCUGCUGGACGGAGAGCUUGUCUUGGAGAAAAUCUGGCCAAAAUGGAGCUUUUCCUAUUCUUCGUUGUCUUGCUACAGAAAUUUACCUUUUGUCCUCCACCUGGUGUCACUGAAAAGAAACUUGAUCUUGAGCCAAGACUUGGAGUAACAUCUUCUCCAAAACCUUUACUACUCUGUGCAAUACCUCGUUAACAUGAAACAUCAGUUUUAAUAUUUUAUU